CUAAAAUCGUAAGGUCUCUAAUAAAAGCCUCGUCGACGUCGUGACAUAUCUAUUUGCUUGUGUUACGUUGACUACAUCUACGGAGUACGGGGCAUGCAAUCUAGCGGAGCUAAUUAUUCUCGUAUAUUUCUUAAAUUAAUCAUGCAAAUUUUUGUCAGUUUUGUGCAUUGAACUGAAAAGGAAUGUUAUAUUAUUAUGCACUGAUGCUUCUUGACUAUCAACCGUAUAGCCACUAAAGGCCCAAAUUCAAGUUGAAGCUAAUAUUUGUUGGCCGUGUAAAUGAUUCGCUUGAUUUGUAUCGGGUGAAUUUCUCAACUUUGCCCAACAUAAUUGAAGUAAGCUAGUCUUGAAGUUCUUUGACUUUAUUAAAGGUAUGUAUACGUUUUAGAAAUUUAGUGAAACACUGUUCAAUUCCAGUGUCGCUUGCGCUCAACCAUCUUCAAUACACACACUGCACUGCUAAAAAUAUCUGAGCGGUUUUUUACCGAAUAGUGUACUGUUAUACCGAAUAGUGUACUGUAACUUACUGUAACAGUAAAUUACAGGUUAAUGGACUAUGUUUUGAAAGAAAUCUGUUAUUUGACAUGUGUUUGACCGUAAUAUUUUACAGUAAGUACACUGUAUGAUUGCAAAUUAUGGUGUAAUAGAUUGUUUUGCAUGAACUGACAGCUUUUUACGGUAUAAAUACAGACUUUGCAUGGUUAAAAGCAGUCUCUCUAUGACUGUAUUAAAACUUAUAGUACAUGCAUUCUCUGGCGUCCCAGCUGCCAGUCUAAUUUACCGUAAAAUUACGGCCGGUUUUUUUAAAAUUCGGUUCAGUAGAACUCUUCCCAAACAUAAAGCCAAUGUUUUCAACUUCUCAUACGAAUUAUAUAUACGACAAGUUUUCUUUACUAUCAUUUAUUUGAAGGAAUUUGUUUUGGCCAUCGUCGCCGCGUUGUCGUCCUGCAUGCUUAAGCCUCGCUAUUUGCUCGUGUUGACAUGGUGACUCUGAUAUUGUUUGUACGUGGGGAGCGGUACGAGGCAUGCAAUCUAGCGGAGCUAAUUGAUCAUAUUUCUUAAAUUAAUCAUGCAAGUUUUUGACAGUUUUCUGCAUUGAACUGAAAAGGAAUGUUACAUUAUUAUGCAUUGAUGCUUCUUGACUAUCAACCGUAAAGCCACUAAAGGCCCAAAUUCAAGUUGAAGCUAAUAUUUGUUGGCCGUGUAAAUGAUUUGUAUCAUAAAUUUCUCAACUUUGCCCAACAAUACAUAAUUAAAGUGAACUAUAGUCUUGAAGUUCUUUGACUUUGUUAAAGGUAGGUAUACAGCUAUUUCAAUUAAGGUUGUCCACGAGCAAAGCGGAAAAGUCGAAUACGAGCGCAAAAGGCUGCUGGGAAUCUCUUUGAAAAUUCAUUAAUUUGUUAGCGAUUCCCAGCAGCCUUUCGCGCUCGUAUUAGACUUUUCCGCUUUGCUCGUGGACAACCUUAAUUGAAAUAAAGCCGUAUAUACAUUUUAGUGAAACACUGUUCAAUUUCAGUGUUGCAUGUGUGCGCUCAACCAUCUUCAAUACACACACUGCACUGCUAAAAAUGUCAGGCUGGGCGUUUUUUUUUACCGAAUAGUGUACUGUUAUUUUUACCUUAGUAAGUAUACAGUAAUAGUAAAUUACUGGUUAAUGAAUAAUGGACUGUAUUUUGAAAGAAAACUGUUAUUUGACAUGUGUUGUAAUAUUUUACAGUAAGAAUAUGUAUGGUGCAAUGGAUUGUUUUGCAUGAACUGACACCUUUUUACGGUAUAACUGAAUACGGACUUUAUAUGGUUAAACUUAUAGCCGAUGCAUUCUCUGGCGUCCUGCCAGUCUAACUUACCGUAAAAUUACUUUCGUAAAAUUUGGUUCAAUAGAUGGUUAAAGAUAUGCGGCAUUUGUUGAAAUUUAUUUAGUAUACCUCGUGUGUUUUAAUGCUUCUCCCAAUUGAUUCAAUAACUAUAUAAGUCGAGCUUGUUUAGUAUGGAUAUAAAUCUGGUACAAGCCUAGCUUAUUGAGUCCUAUUGUGAUUCAUUCGAACAUGCACGCCUUCCAGUGGGAAACCGUAUAUGAUGUAUAAUAACAUCACAUGCAUAAUAGUAAAAGGCGAGGGUGAGAUCCAUAUUACACAAGCAAAACAUUUCUGCAACUGUGAAACAAAACUAGGUAGAUUACGUUUUAGUAGCACUGUUUAAAUUAAGUUGCAUGCGCUCAACCAUACCAUGUAUACUUCAUGCAUGACACGCUAUAUGGUUGAAUUAAUGGUUGAAGAUCAAUUCAUUGUGUAUAUAAAUUAGUAUACCAUUUGCAUGUGUUUUAUACUUCUCCGAUGCAACUGAUUCAAUUACUAUACUGUAUAUAUAAGUCUAAAUAGACAUCGAUCCGGUCUUGUUCAAUAUGGGACAUACGUAAAAGGCAGCUAUAUCAUUGCUUCAAAUUGUCAAAUUACUUCCGACAUUAAAAAAAUACAAUUAACAUAUCACAUUCAAAGCUUCUCUACAGGGUAUCUCAAAAAAAUGUCCCGUCUUAAUUACUAUAAGUUAUAGGGGACAUUUUGCCUGGGGCUCCCUGCAUGUAUAUUCAUUUUAAACAUAAUGCUGGUUGACCCGGUUUGAAAAAUACUUUUGUGCAUUGGACUGAGUGAGAAGGAAUAUUGUAAAUGCAAGGAUGUUUCUUGUUAUGCAAAAUUAGUGCUUCUUGUAUGGCUAUCAAUUAACAGUAAAGUCCCAAACCUAUCCAAGUACCUAUUCGGGGUUUGCGACGCCAUCUUGCAAAGUGGGAUAAACACAUGCAGUGGCACUUCCAACUAACCCAAUUGAUUCAAUAAUAUAAGACAUAUAAGGCCACGGUCAAACGUCGAACUUUUCAUGCGCUGAACCUAAUGCAAAUGAAGUGAAACAAAGAACUUAGCAUACUUAGUGGAUACGCGGAUACGUGGAUACACAGUCAAGCGACCCAUAUCGUUGCUUAGCAUAAACGCGAACGAUGCGUAUAAACUACGACAAUAAUACCACAUCUGAUUGCCUCCAUUCCGAGGGCUGAGUUCAACCCCGGGGUUGAAAAUGCUUCACGUAAUUGGCCCCUUAGUAUAGAUAUAUUACUAGUGCAAGCGGAUUUUUAAGGAAAAAUAAACAAUUUUUUGACAGACUCCGUACUUCGCACUCUGCACUCCGUCUUUUCAACCAUGCCGAAAUAAAUCUUAUAAGCUGCGACAAAAGUUCGUGAUUAAUCGGCUUUUUCGUUUGUUAUGCACUGCUUUAAUUAUAAGGCACACUCAGAGGUGAAAAUAUGCGAUUCAUGACUAACAUUUUUUAUCGGACUUGUACUUGCUUAUUUUUUCUCCACUUAGCAUGAAAAACAUGUUAUCAGAGGCGAGUGAUUCACGUGCCGUAUAGCGCGCUGAAGUUCGACUACCUUUUUUUAUAUACACCCUGUAUAUUAUCUUUUUAGUGUUCGUCCGCGCUUAAUCUAUUUGGCAAAUUAUAGACGCACAAAUUUUAAAAAUUUCCCAGCUGAUCGGAGAGCUUUACUGAUUGUGACGAAACGCCGGUCGCUGUCAUGCCGCAGUGACAAAAUUGAGUCAUGAAUUUGAUGAAUUUUAGCAAAAUAAUUAAUUCGUUUUGAUGUGAUGAGUGAACAAAAAAACACAAUGUAGAAGUGUUCAAGUUAUGUCUUACCAUAGUGAGUUUUUAAAUGAAUUUCGAUGUUUUUAGUUGUCAUUUGGUUUUUGUGCUUCAUACAUUGUGUUACACAUACUUCAUGUAAUACGAAUUAUAAAGGUGUUACUGUAGAUUGAAGCAUUGCAUUUUAAACUGGGCACUUUUAUGAAUUUGUUCAAAAAGUAAAAGACCUUUUCGCCGCUGUGGUGCCUAAAUUACUUUUAAUUUGUACUCGAGUAAAAGUUGAAGUACUAUUAACAAUAAAAGGACUUCAGUAAGAGUAAAAAGUACUGGAGGCACUGAAAAACGUAUUUGAGUAAAAAGUACAAAGUAUCCUUAAAAAAUACUUGAAGUAAAAAGUAAAAGUAAAUUACUAUUGUCUGUAGCGGGUAUGGGGGGAGGGUGGACUUCUCCAAUGGAUUGACACACACAAGACGCAAAACAACACACGCGUUAAGUCGUCACGAAAAUAUUUCGUGCACUUAAAUUGGAUAAAGGUCCACACACAUCGGACGCGAUUCGACAACGCGACGCGAUUUCUUAGUUUUUUGAAAGUUAAUAAAACAGCCAAUAAGGGUAAAUUUUAAAAGAUAUGUAGACCAAAUAACUCAAAAUUUUAUAGCGCUUCUAAAUAUUUGGAAAAUUUAAACCAGGAUCAAAUAGAAAAAUCGCGUCGCGUUGUCGAAUCGCGUCCGGUGUGUCUCCACCUUAAGACUCGCUACCAAUCCCCGUUGACUCCAUAGCUCAAUGGGUAGAGCGGCGGCUAGAUACCCGAAGAUGCGAGUUCAAAUCCCGCUCGAGCCAACGAAUUUUUCGUUGGCUCGACCGGGAUUUGAACUCGCAUCUAUUAAUUAACUCAAAAUUACAAAAUUUGAGUUCGAGAUAUUUUUUUCAUAUUCUACAUUAUAAGAACCCAAAGAAGCUAUAUAUAUCAAAAAUUGGAUACUAAUAACUGCUUAAUUUGCGAAAUUGAGAGCAAUUUCAGAUCUGUUCAGUUUUUUUAUACACCCUGUAUAUCAGUCCAAUUUAUCUUCUGAUGUAGAGACUUCAGUAAUAAUGGGAAAAGAAGGAUGGAUUAUGAAAUUGACUGCUCUACGUUUCUUCUUGGCCGGCAUUGAAAAUUACAUCAUUGCACCUACAGCAUGGUACUACGUCAGAUCGUUUGGUCAAAGCAAGUUUUUCUUGGCUUUAGUCUUAGUUUCGUACAACAUUGCCGCCAUCAUUGCUGGACCUCUGUUUGGAUUCCUAACCGAUAGAUUUGGAAAUGCUAAGUUACUGUUUAUUUGCUCUAAUGUACUCAAGUUCGUCGCUAGUAUGAUGUACAGUAUUAACUUGAGUGCAUAUUUCCCCCUUUGUGCAAGGUUUAUAACAGGAUUAGACGGGGGUAUUGCAAUCCUCCUGGGUCAAAUUGCAUUACAGAUCAACGAAGAAAGUCGCGGGAAAAGCUUCCUAUUCUUUGAAGGUGUGUACUGUCUUGGUUCUGCAAUUAGUCCUGGAAUUGGAAGUUUUAUUUCAUUUCGGGUCAACAUACUUGGUUGGGAUAUAAAUGAGGGCAAUUCACCUGGAAUUGUGUUGGCAAUAAUAUGGCUUCUUUUCCUUAUUUUUUCAUUGUUCUUACCUGGAACUAUGUGGGUGGAGACAGGUACUCGUAUUGAGAAAUUGAACGUUAGUGCCUACGAAGAAGAAGAAAGAUCGAGUGAGUACAAUAAAGAUGGCGACCAAAGUUUGCGUGAAGGCUGUAGUUCAGAGAAGAAGCCUAGAAUAAUGUGGGAUUCAAGAAUUUUUUGCUUGUUCUUUCUCAUGUUUACCAACAUGGGAUUUUCAAGUACGUCCACAUUUUAUGCACCUAUUUUGGCGUUGGAUCAUUUGCACUUACAACUUAUUCACACCAAGUUGAUAUUCCUGAACUGCACCAUAUUUACACUGCUGGCCUUCACCUGUUUUCAUGUCGCCUCCGGAUAUGUUGAAGAACGAAAACUAUUUGCAACUGUCUUGAUCAUGCAACUUUUUUCCAUAUCAUUUCUUACUUAUCUGGCUUUCUCCUGGAAUCAAGUAACCGACAUUCAAUACUAUAUUUUACUUUUAUACGUUUGUUUAGGUAUGCCAUAUUUUGCCUAUCCUUUCGGAAAUUCAAUUCUUUCACGGAUCACCGACCCUCAGUUUGCGACAUUUAUUCAAGGUUUAUCCUUAUCAAUUUUACACGUCGCGUUUAUAACAGGUCGAGUUGUGGUCAGUUUUGUCUUCACCCAAACAAGUUUGACAUAUUUCUGUUUAGCCUUGAUUAGUUUGUGGUUGGUUGGGAUUAUAUGGUAUGGUGUGCUUUACAAAAGAAUGGCUGUCCAUGACUAAAGGAAUAUUUUGUUUUGGCACCAAGCAGGAUUUUGCAAAUUUCAUGAAUUUAUUACGAUUAAUAAUAAUAACGAUUUCU